AUGCCCAUGGACAAAUUCUCAUUGACUGAAACCCCAGCUCGUGGCGAUAAAGCAGCAGCGGCUGAUCUAAAUCACCAGCUGAAGGCAUACAACCAUAGCCUCCUGGAUCUCCCUUUCUGUCAAUCGCACGGAGAGUCGAUGCUAGACAAGCUUCUCAAGGCUGGCGGGGCGAGCCGCAGUAGGAACUCUCCUGAGGGCGAUCAAGACGAUAAGGACGUCGAUAGCGCGGUUUCAUCCGUCUACCAUGACAUUCUCGGCUUGGGUUCCGACGGGCUCGAAGAGGACGAUGAAGAUGGUGAUGGAGGCGGACGGGACGUACCUCCUCAUGGAGAAUCUCACUUUGACUGCGACUCCAGCUCGUGGCCGAUACGACCCAUCCGCAGCAUGGCUACCAAAAAUGACGGCGGAAAGGCCCAGAACGAGGCCCAAUCCCAAGUUGCUGCUGACCAGGCCUUCAUCGACAGCAACCAAGGCUCUGUGGCUCGCCGAGUGUCAAAGGGUGGCGCUGUCUCUCGCGAGCAGGUGGAUAUCCGUUCUGCUUCGGCCAACAAGUAUGAUUCCCCAUUUCAUCCUGAGAGACCCGCAAAUAACGUGUGUCUAAAGGACUGGACGAUUCCUAGUCGGACAUCAGCAUUCCUAGUCGGACACCAGCAAGAGGUGGAUAACGAAGUCCAACAUGCCAACCAGGACCGGAUACGAGAUCGAGACCCGGGACUAGGAAAUAUCAGCACUGAUGCUAUAAUGACCAACCCUCUGGACAGGCCGGCUUUGAGCGGUAUUUGCCGACUCCACUGCGCCCCUGGCCCAAGUCAUGAUGCGAUCGGUGCUACAGACCGCGACGACAUCUUUAGUGGAAAGCGCCCCGCGUCCGAAAACGAGCUUGGACGACCAUCUAAACGUCCAUGCCAUAAGAUGGGCGGUACCGCCGAGCUUCAGCACUACCAUGAGCUGCAGAAGAUGGUCGACAGCCCAGAUGACGAAUACGCCAGAUCCAGUAUACUGGGUCUGGUAAUUGUAACGCCAGAUCCAGUAUACGGGGUCUGGUAUACAGACGCCGGAUCCAGUAUACGGGGUCUGGUGUACAGACGCCAGAUCCAGUAUACGGCGUCUGCCCUUCCCCCCGGUCCCCAGAAUAGCUUGGUAUCCCAUUUAAGAUAUAGUUAUAGCGAGGCAAUGGCAACUACUACCGCGAUUAAAGAGUUUACUAGCAUACACUCCGGAGCCAAGGCCGGGUAA